AUGGUUGAGCUUGGUGAUGGUUCAGCUCGUGCAAACCUGGCUGUAUGCGCUGUUCAAGAAGAGCCGGUGUCUAAUCUAUGCCCUGGCGGCAGCAUAUGUCAUCCUCGGCGCGUUGACAUUCACGUCUAUCUACAUGAAAUUUUCUACUCGCUGGACUUUGACAGUCGUCGGCUAUUCUCCUGUCUGUACUUCCCUGAGGCGAGACCUGGAAGUGGGUCCAUCCAUCAAGGACCUGUUCUACUCGGCUUCUACGUCAACAAACAUCCCUCCCUUCAUCGAAGCUACGCUGUAUGCGAGCAUGACGUUGUGACCUAGCGUCUUCAUGGUAGGAGUGCUGACGUACAAGACCUUCUACGAUCCCCACGCAUGCCAGAAACGCACCCUCGCCAUGGUUCUAGUUCAAAACUCAUCUCUCUGCUGCCUCAUGUAAGAUAGCAUCACUGUUCGCAUA